AGGACACUGCUUUCUUAAAUGGGCGCUUAUGAUUAUUUACACACAGAACCUUAAUUCAUUCAUGUCUAUUGUUUUUCUGGAUUUUUUUUUUGCAAAGAUACUCUGUGAAAUCUUAAGAAUCACAGACAUAAAACGGCUUUUAGGAUCUGGCUUAUUUUUUUUCCUGCAAAGGAAAGGAUGAGAUUUUGCAUUGCCGUCUUUGUCUUGUGUUCAACAUGGCCAGCCGCUUUGUCGGUGACACGGUACUCCAUACCCGAGGAGAAGGAAAGGGGAUCUGUUGUGGCUAAUCUGGCUGCAGAUCUGGGACUUGAGCCAGGAGGUUUGGCGCAACGAGAGGUAAAACUUGAUAUUUUUUCCAACAAAAAAUACCUAGAUUUUAACAAAAAGACGGGCGAACUGUACAUCGUAGAAAAAUUGGACAGGGAAUAUCUUUGUCCGGCAAAACCCGCGUCCUGCUUUUUAAAGCUCGAUGUGAUCAUAGAAAGCCCCUUACGUAUCUUCAACAUUGAGCUUGGAAUAACGGACAUAAACGAUAAUGCUCCACAUUUCCGACGUGACAGAGUAGAGCUCGACGUUUCAGAAUCUGCAACGCCAGGCGAGAGGUUCUCCCUGCCCAACGGCGUGGAUCCAGAUGUUGGUAUAAAUACAAUUAAAACGUACAAACUCAGUGUUAGCGAACACUUCACAAUCGAAAUUCAGACAGGUAGCGACGGAACUCAGUAUGUAGACUUGGUGUUGACCAAAUCGUUGGAUAGAGAACAGACUGCUGUUCAUAAUUUAAUACUGACUGCAGUGGAUGGCGGUGUCCCGGUGCGCUCUGGCACUGCUAAUAUUAUUGUAAGAGUACAGGACACAAACGAUAAUCCCCCACGGUUUGAUAAGCAGACUUAUACAAUUAACAUGACGGAAAAUACCCCAAUAGGGACCUUAGUGGUGAAGCUAAACGCCUCGGACCUUGACGAGGGUUUGAAUUCAGAGAUUGUGUACUCAUUCACCCUUUACACGUCGGAGAAAACACAAGAGGUGUUUUCACUGAAUCAUAACACUGGAGAGAUAACUGUGAAAGGAACUAUAGACUAUGAAGAUAUGAAAUUCUAUGAGAUGCACAUCGAGGCCAGAGACAAAGGCACGCAUCCCUUGCUUGGUCAGUGCAAAGUGGUCGUUAAUGUGAAGGACAUGAACGAUAAUUAUCCGGAAAUCAUCAUACAGUCUGUUAAAAACACUGUGGAGGAGAACGUAGCAGUAGGAAGUGUUAUUGCACUUGUAGAUAUAAGUGAUAGAGACACGGGGGAUAACGGAGAAGUAAGCUUAACUAUACAUCGACCCAUGCCCUUUACAAUUAAUACAUCUUCAGAUCGACCCAUGCAUUACAAGCUCAUUGUGUCCGAGCCUUUAGAUCGCGAAACAGUACCUGAAUAUGACAUUACUCUAAUUGUAACAGACGCAGGGAUGCCACCUUUAUCUGAUAAUGAAACAAUAACUGUCCAUCUGCUCGAUGUUAAUGACAACGCGCCACAGUUCCCCCAGUCAUUUUAUACUAUACGUGUCAUGGAGAAUAACGCACCUGGGGCCUUGCUCAGCUCACUCACUGCCUUUGAUCCUGACCUCCAUGAAAACCAGAAUCUAGUUUAUUUCAUAAUAGAGAAGGAGAUAGCCAACACCUCCAUGUCCAUGUUGUUCUCCAUCAAUCCAGAGAACGGUAAUCUUUACGCACUCAAAACCUUUGAUUAUGAGAUUGAGAAGGAGUUUCUGUUCCACAUCGAGGCCAGAGACUCUGGCUCUCCUCCUCUCAGCAGUAAUGUGACCGUCCACAUCAUCAUUGUGGACCAGAACGACAAUGCUCCAGUUAUUGUGUCUCCGUGGCGUGCACACGGCUCUGUGGUGGAGGAAAAGAUCCCCAGAUCCACUGAUAAAGGAUCCCUGGUUGCCAAGGUGAUAGCCUUGGACACUGACUCUGUGCACAACUCUCGGAUCACCUACCAGUUUCUACAGGUGACUGACGCCACCUUGUUCAGUCUGGACCAAUACAACGGAGAGAUCCGGACUAUGAGGAUGUUCAGUUACAGAGAUCCACGCCACCAGAGACUGGUUGUUGUUGCCAAGGACAAUGGAGAGCCUGCUCUCUCUGCUACAGUCACCAUCAAGCUGACCACAAUGGAGACUGCUGUUAAAGCCUACUCUGACAUGACUGAGGAGCCUCUGGAAUAUGACAUCUUCUCAGACAUCAACCUGUAUUUGGUCAUCGGUCUGGGCUCGGUGUCGUUUCUGCUGCUCAUCACUAUAUUGGUCACCAUUGUGAUCAAGUGUCAGAAACCCAAGCCCAGCAAAGCAGCUCCUCCCUCCAGGAACAGUGUGAUCAGUGAGAGGAACUCCACCAUCGCAGACUCCACUCUGGUCUCCAACGAUGCCUACUGGUACAGUCUGUUUCUAGCAGAGACCAGGAAAGGAAAGCUGGUGGUUAGACAGCCUCUGCCAAAGGGCUCCAGGUACAUUGUGUCCAGCAUACCGAGAGGGACAGGACUGACAGACACUAGUGACUCAGCAGCCUCUACUCUGCAGUACCCUAAAUGAAGGAAGUCCGCUCUGCAGUUGGAGGCAUCCACAACCAGCAGCAGCAGUUCCACAUAAGACCCCCAUCCACCUGCAGCGUACAGGAUUAACACUGACAAGAAUGGCUUCACAGAGGAAAGAAGAAACCUCUAACCAUACACCCCCCUCCAGGUCUGCCCUGCUGAGUCUGUAAAAACAUGGCCCAGCGCUUUAUCUUUGAACCCAUGAAAAGCCAGUCAGCAAUGCAUCCCUGUCCAUUCAGUAUGCAUGAUAAGACAGCAUGGUUUCAACCACACUUCAACUGACAUAUGUUAAAAAGAAAAUUUCAAGAGGAGAUGCAAUGAAAUGGACUAUCUGAAAAACUGUGCCAGUGGAUAUUAAAAGAAGCCACAACAAAGAGCAAAAAAGUGGACAUGGAAAUGUUGAAAUGCCUUGAAAAUACACACUCUCUCUCUUCAAAAAAUGAAACACAUAAGAUAUCAUAUUUUUAACUGCUCUGCUUUGUCUUGGUCUACUACAGCUUUGUUGUAUGAUAAAUAGGGUAACUAAGGCGUGAAAUAGCACAAUUAACUACACAUCAGAAAAGCACCAACCUACAGUUUUAAUGUAUGAAAUAAGAGAAAAUCAGUAUUUUGUAAAUGUGGUAACUUUGAGUACUUUUAUGUUUUGUACUUGACUUUGUGCUUUAUAUGUGAACUAGGCCUGAAGAUACUGUAUGACUUAGAGUGCUGAGAGAUAAGAUCAAUAAGUGUACAGAACAGAAAAGAUCAAGGCCUUUAGCCAUUAUGCCUUUAAGUUGUUUUUGCAUGGAAGAAUUCAAGUACUUUUGACAGCUUUUGUUAUUUUAUUAUAUUAAGCAACAUUUUUGCAGUUAAGUCUCACUGUUUCACUUGAUUUUUCUGGACAAUAUGGAACGAUUUUAAUGGGACAAUAACGGCAGUAAAUCAGUAUAACACCUUUUAAUCAUGAUGUCCUAAGAGGUUUAGAAGAUGUCAAAAAAAAUCUAUAAAACAGCACAAUGACAUUGCUUUUGGACUCAGAAAAUGAUUUAAUCAAAGCCUAAAUUAAAAUGUGCAAUGUCGCUUAUUAUUUAUUUUAUGUGCUCCUCUAGAAUGAGGCUUGGAUUUUAAAUGCAAAACAAGUGAAUACAGUGAGCCUUUAGCACUCUGUACAGUAUAUGCACCACAAACAUGGACAUGUACAGUCACCUGUCAAUGUCUAGAUCCAAGUUCUGGCUGUUCCUUCAUUUUGAUGUCUUCUGCAGUGUUUAAAACCGAAGAACCAAACAUGUUCGUUUAAUCCUUACACUUCAGAAACAAUGUUGUUAUGGUUGAUUUCACUCAAUGAAAGCUGUUCUAAUGUUUAUCACUGACUAACUGUAUGUAUAUGGAUAUGCAUAUGCAGCACCUAAUCUAGGAUACAGAUAUAAUUCAUAUAUACAGUAUCUCAUUUGUAUGUAUCUAUGAAUAUGCCUUUCAUUUUCAGUACCAGUGCUUUUUCAACUUUUAAUGUGAAAAAAGUGGAACUCCUGUGCCAUAAGAUUUAUGACCCCAACUAGUAUGUUUAGCACAGCUCAUAAAGCAUUACUUUUAAGAAGCUCAAAUAUCUUAAAAACAUAUGCAGUAAGGGCCUUUGUACAGUGGUACUUUUAUGGUGCAAUAUAUGGUAAUUUGUGUAAUGUGAGCUAACUGUGAUCUGUGGUUUGGUCUGUAAGAUUCAUUAAAUACGAAACAGAAUAAACUAAAA